AUGGAAUUCAUUAAAGGAUCUAUUGAGUUCUUCAGUAGCUUUUUUUCGCGCAAAAGGCGUCGCUCGUCGCCAAAAACAGAUAACCUUAUAAACCUCAAACGAAAAAAAAUCGAUUUCAGUAGGUACCGUGAUGAAGAAAUUUCUCCUUAUUCAGUCUCAAACCAUCUAAAAUUCACCCCUCAUCCACCCAAAAAGGAAGUUCAAAGCCAAGCAGAAUUCAGCGAUGCUCAGUCGUUAUUCAGAGCAUUUGUCAGCCCAAAUGAUGAAAAAUCACCAGAAAUUUUGGCUGCCAAACUGCAGAUUAUGAGACAAGCUGUUGAAUACGGCGAAAUCGCGCAAGAAAAACAUAAGUGUUUCCCUAACAAGCCAAGCCUAAAAGAAAGAAACGUAGAUGGAACUGACCACCCCGAGCGCUUUGAGUCCUGUCCGAGCUGAGAAACAAGUGAAGUCGAGCCCAAUGGGGAUUAUUAUGAGACAUUAUCACACAGAAACAAUGGAAAAUCAACCCUGGGGGAAAGGCUUGACAAAGUUAUGAAGUCCAUGGAAAAAAUCGAGCCUUAUCCAAGCUGAGAAAACAGCAAAACUGAAUCUCCUGAAGAAAAUCCUUUGGAAAGCUUCAUCAAAGAAAAAGGAUGGGAAAUUGAGCCAGAUUCAUUGAAAGAAGUGGAAAGCAUUCUAAAUGAUGAAAGACAUGAAGAAGCCUGAGGAAAGGUAAAAGAUGCGACACUUCGAUAUAAAGAUAUCAAAUUACUAAGACCUCGAACUUGGAUAAAUGAUGAAGUCGUCAAUGCUUAUCUGAAAUUGCUAGAAGUUCCUGAAAAUGUCCAUAUAUUUAACAGCUUUUUCUAUGAGUAUAUCUCUGGAAUGCAUGCAACUAACGAUUGGGACGUUAGGAAGCUCAAGAGGAUUUUAAAAAAGCAAGGACUGGAUAACCUUUUUACAAAAGAUUUCUUGAUUUUUCCUAUAAACCUAGAUAAAAACCAUUGGGUUGUGGCGCAGGUGAAUAACAAAGAUAAAUGCAUAGAAUAUCAUGACAGCUUUGGAGAUGGGAGCUUUGAAAAAGUCUGUGAAACAAUAGACGAGUGCAUUGGAGUCCUCAAUCGAGAAGAAGUGAACUGUUACAAAUAUCAAUCAAUGAUAGUUCCUCAGCAGGAUAAUUACUAUGACUGUGGAGUUUUCAUGCUUCAAACGAUCCGCUGCCUGGUAGAAAAAAGAGAAUUCGAUUAUUCUCAAGACCAAAUUGAUUUUAUUAGAAAAAUUAUAGUCCUGGAGCUAAAAAAUCAAACGCUUUAUAUGUAA